AUGCAGACACCCGACGACAUUGAAGAGCGCGACGGCGACAACGACACAUCCGUCUUGUCUUACAGCACCAACCGUGUCACGCUCGUCUGGGUCAAAUCAGCCGUCUAUGCGCACCCUACACCCCGUGCAAAGGACAAUAUUUGUGGCUACUUGUCCUUGAGCAGACGACCCUCUCCAACAACCAGGGAUGCGUCUGCCUCGGACCUGCUUCUCUCUUGGACACCCGCUGAUGAUUUACACGAUGAAUUGGAUGAAUACCAAAAGAUGGAACUCGAUUCAAGCUGUAAUAUUCGAGUGCGCACGCCGAACAUUCACGGCAAUGCGUAUGCAUUCAGUGUGACCAUACAAGAGAUUGCCACCAUCCAAGUUCGUCCGCCUCGCACAGGCUGGUCGCAUGGCUCUAUACAAGUGACUCUUGUCUCCAAUACACCCCUCACAGGCCUCUUCUUCCACGACAAUGAAUGCGUCUCUACGUUGCAAGAGCAAAAACAACGCGCCACGACAUUCGACCCUUUCGGCGAGUCGGGUCAUAUGUUCUGGGGAUUUGACAGUCUCUUGACAAUCUUGCAGGCUCUCACGAGUAUCAAGAAGAGUGACACCAGUGCAAGUACCUAUGUCCUGAAUCCCUCCUUACCACCGAUGCCAGCCGCGAGGCGCGACAAGGGACCGACUUUGCAAUGGAAGAUCCUCGAACGCUUUAGUCGCAUCACCCGACUCGGCCGUUCUACAGCUGAUCAAAUACUAGAGAGCGAAGCAGGCAAAGACUUACUCGCGCGGCUACCACCCCAAUUCAGGCAAAUGGUAGCCAGUCCACAAGCGCAAAAUCUCGCAAGAGAGUAUGAUAGUGCGCGUCUCUAUCUAGCGCGUUGGGCAGCGAGUAUCAGUGAUGCGAGUCAAUUCAGCCCACCUUCUGCUGCGAGUGAGUUGUUUCAGGAGGAGACGAGUCUUGGUAUGUUUGAGGUGUUGAGCUUAUCGGACGUGAGUCGCAGGGAGCCGGUCACUGAAGAAGAAUGGCGGGCUUUGUUCAACGAGCGCGGUGAGUUUAUUCGCAGUGAGCAUGAGAUCAAGGAACUCCUGUUUCAUGGCGCAUGCGUUGAGAGUAUCAUGGGGGAGGUAUGGUCGUUCUUGCUUGGCGUGUUUCCAUGGGAUUCGGACACAGAAAUACGACGCGCGCUCGCAGCUUCAAAGCGAGAUGAGUACUACAAGCUCAAGCGGCAGUGGUUUGAUCAGCUCGAUAACCCAACGCCAGAGUUUGUGGAAGAACGCCAUCGCAUUGAGAAGGAUAUUCACCGAACGGAUCGGCAACACCCGUUAUUCGAGAACGAGGACAUGCCUUCGCCGGAUCCAACCGCAGAAUGGGGCACGAAUGCACACAUGGAGCAACUCAAAGAUAUCCUGUUGACUUACAACGAGUACAAUAAGGAUCUUGGAUAUGUACAAGGUAUGGCCGACUUGCUAUCACCAGUCUAUGUCGUUAGCGAAGAUGAUGGUCUGUCCUUUUGGGCCUUUGUCGGCCUGAUGGAUCGCAUGCAACGCAACUUUCUGCGAGACCAAUCCGGCAUGCGCUUACAACUCACUCAACUCACGGAGAUCACGCAUUUCAUGCUCCCGAGACUCUAUGCACACCUGGAGAAGUGUGAGUCCCUCAAUUUCUUCUUCUUCUUUCGCAUGCUCUUGAUCCUCUUCAAGCGCGAGUUUGAGUUUGAUACCAUCCUGAAGAUCUGGACUUGUCUCUUGACCAAUUAUUAUUCACCCGAUUUCCAGAUCUUUUGCGCAUUGGCCAUCUUGGACUUGCAUGCAGAAGUCAUGAUGACCCAUUUACACGCAUUUGAUGAGAUUCUCAAGUAUGUCAAUGACCUAAGCGGGCGGAUGAAGGCCGAUGAGAUUUUAGCGCGUGCGGAAAAAUUGUAUUUGGCCUUCCAAGCGAAAGCUCGUGAGCUUGAGAAGCGUCAGAAGACGGAGAUGGAGAAGGUCAAGAAGCAGCAAGCUAAGAAGGGCGCGAAGCGGGAUGAUGCUGCCGUUGAGGAAGUCAUGAAGAAGUAUGAACUCUCUGACAACCUGGCAAAGCUUUUAGGUAAGCAGUAA